AUGUCUUACUCGUUCUUCAAUCACUCUGCAGGCGCUAUAACUCACAAGAGAAGCUUAAUACCAUCGGCCACUGGCCCUGAUAUCUCUUCGUUCCUAAAAGAGCUGCAAGAAGACUUCCCUGAUUCACCCAUCACCCAAGAGUCCCCGGCAAAGAAAGAAUGUCUGCAGUCACCUCUACCUCCCCGACCAAACUACUCAAUCGUCCCCUCAACCAUUGAUCUCGAAGAGCAAUCACGUAAACCUCAUCUAGAUACAUUCCAUAAGUUCAAGGACCUUCCACUGGAACUUCGAAUCAAGAUAUAUGAAUUUUCAUCUCUGGAACCAAGAGCAGUUCCCAUUUGGCCCAUCUCUACCGACCGAAAAAACGAAAACGUCGAAUUCCGAUUUGCAUCCGAGACUCCUGCCAUCAUGCAAGUCUGUCACGAAGCUCGAAGAGAAUCACAAAAGCUUGACAUCUAUGCACGAACAUCCGAUACUCCAUCUCCACUCCCACGUAUCUGGUUGAAGCCUAGUAUCGAUAUCAUCUGCCCUGUACGCAACGGCAAUGCCAUCUGGACCGUUUUCCAGUUCUUGAAAUUCAGCCAGAUGAUAAACUGCUUCAACAUCGAACGCUUAUGUAUUGAUGCUUUUGAGUUUCAAUGCUCCCAGCUAACAGACAACUUGCACACGUUUGUCGUCAUUCCAAAGUGGAUGAAUCAUAAUCUUCGCCAGAUUAUGGCUUACAGCCCAUUGCAUCCCAUCGAUAUCCAUCGUCAGCCCCUCAGAAUCGUCAAUUCUACCAAGCUCAAUCUUGAACAAGACUCCGAGGAAGUCAUGAUGCAUUCUAUGGAGGCGGAUAGCAGAUUCGAGGAACUGGAAGAUUUGAUGGGGAAUCUUAGUUCUUUCCAAAGAGCUCAGAAUGAGUUGGAUAAGACGACGGGUGAAAGAUUGGUUCACAUGCCUAGCUGGCUCUAUAAGAAUCGGAAAACAUGGACUCAACCGGAGCUCAUGCGCUGUGCGGCCUUGUAG